AUGUAUGUCUUCGCGUCCUUGAUCUUUGUUGGAGUUGCGUACAUGACGAUCCAGAACGAGGAGGAUGCCGGUCGGCAAAGCUCCAUGGCGAGCCCAAAUACAAGCGCUUCUCGUGGGAGGAGUGAGUGGGGGAAUGGGGGACAGGAGAGACAGCAGAGAGAAGAUGAAGAGGAGCGAGGGAACAAGCUCCAGGACCGUCUACUUCGGUACAAGAUAAUUGAGACCCACCCUCACGAUGCUCGAGCUUUCACACAGGGCCUUGAAUUUCUUGCGGGGAAGUUUAUAGAGAGCACGGGGAUCAAAUCGUCACUUAGAGAGGUUGAGAUCAAGACUGGAAGAGUCCUCAGACAACACAAUCUUGCUUCUCAACACUUUGGAGAAGGUUGCACAGUUUUCAAGGGAAAGGUUUAUCAGCUGACAUGGAAGACAAAGACAGCGUUUGUGUAUGACAUCGAGACAUUUCAAGAAUUGAAUACGUUCACGUAUGACACGGAUGGAUGGGGGAUAACGAAUAAUGGAAAGGAGCUUAUCAUGUCUGAUGGCUCAGACAAACUCUUUUUCCGCGACCCCAAGACCUUCGAGUUGACCCGCGUGUUGAACGUUGUCGACCCCACCAACAAGCAGAACAUCGACAAACUCAACGAGCUUGAAUUCAUCCACGGAGAAAUCUUUGCGAACAUCUGGUUUCAAGACCGCAUCGCCCGCAUCGAUCCAACAACAGGACAUGCGCACGGAGAGGAUGUGUUGAACGGUAUUGCUUACGAUGAAAACAGGGAUCGCCUAUGGGUGACGGGCAAACUUUGGCCAAAUCUGUUUGAGAUCGAGCUUGUGUGA